AUGGAUCGGUUUGAGAAGGGAGGGCGUGUAGAAGUGAAUCCGCAGCUCUUCGAUACUUGUGUGAGUGUCGUAGAGGUUCGGUACGUUUUGGACUUCGGAAUUGUGCGGAAGAUGGUUUUCGAUGAAGAGCGGGCCAUGCAGAGCCUUUGCAACACAUGGAGUUCCCAGGCUACCUGCCGGCAGCGGCGUGGCCGUUGUGGUCGAUUGCAAGAAGGUGUCAUCAUUUACCUCUUUCCUCGAAGCCACUAUGAGCGAUUGCAGCCUUAUGCCUCCCCUGAGGUGCUCGGCGUCCCGCUGGAGUCAAUUUACCUGAAGAGCCGUGUGCUGCUGCAUCACUUGGGGACUCCAGAGCAGCUUUUGGGGCAGCUCAUUGACUCACCGCCACAGCAGCGCAUUGAAACUGCAGCCCAGAAUCUACGUGACUUGGGUGCCUUGAAGGGCGAGCAGGUUGCAUCUUUGGGCCGAAUUGCAGUCUUCAUGCCCACCACGAUUCAGCUCACCAAGUUGAUAGUUCUCAGCUGGGCGCUGGGCAUCCCAGCAGACGGCAUCGUCAUUGCCGCAGCGCUCAGCACCCAGGAUGUUUUCAAAAUGGCGGCCCCCGCUAAUUGCCGCAACCUUGAGGACUUUCCUGCCCAUCUCUCGCACAACUACAUCACCCGAGCCCGCUUUGAUGCGGGGCAGUUCUCGGAACCCAUCAUGUGA